AUGGCGGCCAGCAUUCUGAACUUGUUGUUUCACGUUGUCGGCUUGGUUGUCAUACUAGCUGCAGUAACCUACUAUUGCCUCUUCACUCCGCCAAAGCACCCUGUUGGAGUCCCCGUCAUUCCAUUCUGGGUGGCUCUCCUACCCAUCUUUAGAACCGUUGAUCAAGGCGAAAUCUUCAGACAGUACCUUCGGAAACCAUUGUUCAGCCACGGUGCAGUGAAGAUAUGGUUCGGCGGGAAAUGGAACGUCCUCGUCCACAGCCCGGCAUAUGUCACGGAAUUAUUCAAGCGAGAAGAUGUGUACCAAAAGAGCGGAAACUUCCAAAAGAUACCGCACUCUGUGUUGGGAGCAUUCCUAGGAGACCAGAUCAUCUCGAACACAGGAGAGGCGUGGAAACUCUACCAGGGCGUCAUCAAGCCGGGCUUGCAGCGGCCAUUCGACCACAACAUCAUUGUCUCGAACGCACGACGCCUUGCGGGACUUGUGAAGGACGCUCAAUCGCGUGUUGGAGAUGGUGGUGUCGUCAUUCACGGGUUAUUCCAAAAGUACUGCAUCCAGAACUAUGGAGAGGUCUUUUUGAGAACAGACCUCAAGUCAAUGGCACCAGACGACAUUCCCAUCCUCAAGCUACAGAAGAGGGUUCGUUUCGAGGUCACCGACGCCAUCGUCUUCAACUUUCCAAUCGUGGACCGUCUCCCACUUCAAUGGCGCAUAAAUGCGCGGCAGUUAACGGUCGAUUACAAGGACGAACUGGUCCGCCUGGCAUUUAAUGCACCACCCAAGGUCAUUGACGAGCCUGACCAUCUUAUCGAUCACAUGGUUUCCGCCAGGAAGUCCGGAUCCUUCACUGAGAAACAACUUCGCGAUAACUUGACCAUUACGUUUGUCGCAGGUCAUGAGAACCCUCUUCUGGCGCUAUUAUCAAGCAUGUAUUUACUUGCAAAGAAUCCGACUGUGCAAGAACGGUUAUGUGCCGAAAUUGCGGCCACCGGCGAAGAAGGCCCUUCUUUGGAUACCAUACAGACCAUGUAUUGGCUUACCGCCAUCGUUUACGAGAGUCUCCGACUACUGCCGCCCAUAGCACAGUUAAUCACUCGGCGAGCAGCCACGUCAGUCAUGCUGGACCAUGACAAAGUGAUACCCGAGGGCACGUAUGUCGGCUAUCAUUCCUACUCUACUAACCGAGACCCCGGCGCGUGGGGAUCCGAUGCAGACGAGUUCCGGCCAGAGAGAUGGGGUGCUUCGUAUGAGGAGGUACAGAAAGAAUAUCGGUUGCGGCGCAGCAGGGCCGAGUUCAUCUCUUUUCAUGGCGGUAGACGGGCCUGUCUUGGUGAGCGGUAUGCAUUGGUGCAGAUCAAGAUUACUCUGUUUAUUUUGGUCAAGGAGAUGCGUUGGAGGCUUGAUCCUGAAUGGCCGGAGAGGUUGUCUGCGACGACUCCUCUUCACCCAAAGGGUCUGCGACUAAUUUUUGAAAGUCGAAAAUGCUAG